CCCCCUCUCUCUGCUCCUCAGCUCCUGAUUUGAGGAAGUGACAUUUAUCACCGCUGCGGUUCGGGACAGCGCUGCUCCGCUGCAAACAGGUGUGCUGCUGUCCGGCUCGUCGCCUUGCGCCUAUCAGGAACCAACGCGUCCCGGAAGAAUCGAGUGGGACGGCGGCGGCGGCGGGGGGUGGUCGAAGGAGGAGGAAGCCGCUGAAGUGUGCUCUUUAUUAGCCCGAGCUGUUGGAUCCAGACGGGGGGAGAGAGAGAAGGUGGGAGCGAGGGCGAGCAAUGGCAACGAAGAAGGCGUGCGUGGAUGCGCCCAAGAGGAGCCGGAGUCCGGUCGUGUUGGAGGCGGAGAUGUUCAGUGAAUUUCAGGACUGGUGUCUCCGCACUUAUGGAGACUCUGGCAAAACAAAGACCGUCACCCGGCGAAAAUAUAACAAAAUCAUGCAGACGUUGUUGCAAAACGACGAGUCGGACGGCGUGUACGUCGACAACAGCCACAUUAACGCCAAAUUCAAAUUCUGGGUGAAGUCUAAAGGAUUUCAGGUGGGCACCAACGUUUUGGGAGAGCACAACAAGAAAGGAGCUCCAGGGAAGCCCGUGCUAUAUGUCCCGGUCAAGUCAACGUGUUCAGAUGGAAAUUCAGCCCAUGACAACUCCUCUUUGAAGCGUGUGGCUGUUGUAGAAGACUUCUUUGACAUCAUCUAUGCCAUGCAUGUUGAGAUUGGCGCGGACCCUGGCAGGGCACCGAAACAUGCAGGCCAAAAGAAAACCUACAAAGCGAUCGCAGAGACCUAUGCCUUCCUGCCCAGAGAGGCAGUGACUCGGUUCUUAAUGAGCUGCAGAGAGUGUCAGAAAAGGAUGCACAUCAACCCCAGCACUGCAGAGUUCAAAGAAAAUGACAGACCGACCUCUCUGGUCCCUGACCUCAUUGAUUACAACAUGCCUCUUACUGCCACCUACCUGAAGCAAAUGAAACUGCAGUGCAUGACAGCCACGGAGAGGGAUGACAGUUCGGUGAGUAGCGAGGAUAUGAACGGUGCUGAGCCUGCAUGGGUCGCAGCUGAGCAGCCACCAGUGCCUGAGCCCAGUCUGCCGAAUGGAGAGCGGGCCAGCGACCAGGCAGCCAUCGUCAAGGAAGAGGACGCAGAUGACGACAUCUCAGAGAGCAGCAGUGCCAACGGAAUGCCGGCCCUGACCUCGCCAGAGGUGCAGCCUGUGGGCGGGAUCCUACCAGAGGGCAGCAUUCCAUACGGGGAGGUGACGGAGAACCGAUUGAGUGCACCUCUGGACUUCAGCACUACCUUGUCCUCGUCCUCCUCAGACGACCAGCAGCCAGUCAACCUGAGUGACAGACUGCUGCCAGCGGGGUGUUCGCCGCCAAACUCUUACCCAGCAGACCCAAACAGGAAGUACCCCAUCAAAACAGAAUACUCCAACAAGUCUCCUCCGUACAGCUCAGGAAGCUAUGACUCGGUGAAGACUGAACUGAGCAUGUGCGCAGAAGACUUGACCUCCGGCCGUGCGCAGAUAGUUGAUGAUGAUGACGACGAUCACGAUGAUCAUGACGACAGUGACAAAAUCAAUGACGCAGAAGGAAUGGACCCAGAGAGACUUAAGGCCUUCAAUAUGUUUGUGCGUCUGUUUGUGGAUGAGAAUCUGGACCGGAUGGUACCCAUCUCUAAACAGCCCAAGGAGAAGAUCCAGGCCAUCAUGGAGUCCUGCAGUCGCCAGUUCCCCGAGUUCCAAGAGCGCUCCCGCAAGCGCAUUCGCACCUACCUCAAAUCUUGUCGCCGCAUGAAAAAAAGUGGUUUUGAGAUUCGACCGACACCUCCCCACCUCACCUCGGCCAUGGCUGAGAACAUCCUCGCCGCUGCAUGCGACAGCGAAACCCGAAACGCUGCCAAGAGGAUGCGGCUCGAUGUCUAUCCAGCGGACGAGACUAUCUCUGUUGACAAGCUCAGCACCAGGGAUCCUGCAUCUGUAGCCCCAUCAAGCUUCGUCAUUUCCAGCACAGCUUUUGCCCAAGACCAGCUCUACACCAAUGGAGGCCUCAACUACAACCUGCGGGGAUACGGCACAGUCGGCAGCAACCAGCAGAACGCUGCUGCUGUAGCACAAACCAAUGGCCCAACAGACCUGAGUAUGAAGUCUGUCACUCCAAACUCCUCCAGCUCCAACAGCCACGGUCAGGGAGGCGGCGGCGGUGGAGCGUCAGCCCAGCUCAGUCCUCCGGAGGUCACGGCGGUGAGGCAGCUCAUCGCCGGUUACCGGGAGUCGGCGGCCUUCCUUCUUCGCUCGGCAGAUGAGCUAGAGAACCUAAUCCUGCAGCAGAAUUGAGCUCAAAACCGACCCAAACCGCAGUCUGUCCGUCUACAUAUGUAAAUAUGUCACACUGACAUGCACAUCUUGGACAGACGGGAGUGGUUCUGCCAAGCACAGCAGGUCCUGUAAGGUACCUUUACUCAUCUCACACAAUUAUUUAUGCAUUUGGUUCCCUUUGACCUCAGUGCUCUGUCUUGCUUACACCGCCACGACCCCCAUUUGUCUCAGGAAAUAAUAUUUUGCGUGGAAAACUCAUCUGCUUGUCCAUCUAGUGGAGCAGGACUUUGAUUAGCAUUGCUGUGCAAAAGUUUGCCGUCUUUAUGUUAUCAAACACACAUGUGUAAAAUAUCCUGUACAGUGGCACGAGUUGAUUGGGUGAUCUACUCCACACUGGUACUACGUUUCAAACUCUUCCCAUAAAUAAUUAGUCCCUUGAUAAAUCGCUGCUAAAUUGCCUGCCUACUUUUUGGACCAUUUUAGUCGUCUCUUCAAGCUGCGUGGUCAAAACUAAUGCUGUCAAAUUAUUAAAUUUUUUAAAUAAGAUUAAUCACACUUUUACAUUUUGGAUUAAUCAUGAUUAAUGACAGAUUACUUGCUUGCAUAAUUUAAAUUGAUUUAAAAAAACCUCAAUAUUUGGACACAAAUGCUAUUUUAUUGUCAGAAUGUCAUACAAGAUUUUUUUUUAAUGUUUCCUUGCAUGCACAUCAUUUAUUUUCUCAAAACUUGGUAACAGUUUAAUAUAAAACCUCGUCUGGAUUUAUUUUCAAGCGAAAUUUUCCAGCAAGCACGCUAAUUGUCAGAAGUGGGAUGAAAUGCCUCCCAGACCGGAUCAUUGGGCUCCAAGUAAAUUCUGUGAUUAAUCUGUGUAUAUACAUGAUUAAUGCGAUACUUUUGGGGGAUUCAUCACACGAGUUAACUUGUUAUUUUUGACAGCCCUAGUCAAAACAUUACCUCGUUCUCUGAGACUAGAGACUCUGACCCUGGCUGGGCAAUGAAACCUGAAUAUGAGUUGAUAUGAGAUCAUGAAAAUCUUUCAGGGUAAAAAAGAGAUUAAUAUAUUGUUUAAUGUCAACAGACGAAGGUGCAAUAUUGAUGAUAAUCAGUAAUGGUGUACUUUUGAAGGCAAAAACGGGGAGUAUUUCACCGCAAUCCUCUCCUGUCCUAACUGUUAUAAAAAUGUUAUAAUCCAAUGCAGCAUUGUAGUCAAUUUCAAUGUUUUCUGUUGUGAAUAACAUGUAUCAUUAACUCACAGAUCUACAGAAGGUACACAUAGAUUGCCAUGACUGACCUGUUGUUGAUCUGUCACUUUUCCCACUGUAAUACUGAUUGAUUACUUUUUGUUGAGGCGACUGUAGAUGUCCACACGGCUUUACCGGAUGAUACUCAGAUAGCCCCUCCACCCCUCCCCGCAUCUCUUUGGACCUGCCCUAUGCCCUCUCAUCACCACAUUCCUCAUCGAUGUUUGAAACCUCGCAAGAGACAAUCUUUGACAAAGAUGUAACGACAUCUCAGUUUACGCUCUCUGCUGUUUGUGUGCAUGUGUGUGUGUGUGUUUCUGUGAGUGUGUGUCUGCGUGUGUGUGCGUGCGGGGGGUCUGAUGGCACACAGAGUGCUCAAACCAGAUGGAGAGCACAUAGUCUCACACUUUUGACGGUGAGUAACUCAGCACAGACAUGGGCGUUAAGUAUGUUGUUGAGGUUUUAAAUGUUUUAUUAAGUAUGAUUGUGGUUUGAUUUAAAGUGUCUUUGUGACCCAUUUUGUACAUGAGUCUGUGAUGACUUCUUCAGUCACUCAGCACAUUCCAAACAAGGACUCUCCAAGCAGCCACCUUGGCUUGUACCUUACAAAGAUUAGAGAGAUAUAUUUCUUUAUUUAUCACAAGUCUGUCAUCAGAGCGUCACACACACGUCAUCGCCAUGCCAGCAUCCCAGUUGCAUUUCGAGUGUAAUCUCUAUGAACUAUUGCAAGUUUGGAAGCACUUUAUAGCUCAGGAUUAAGGAAACACAAACAUAGUGAUACGUGAGAGUGUCUUUACCUCCAAGUCAUGAUGGUCGCUAGUCAAUCACAAGCAGCUUUACAGCUCCUCAGCGGGGCGGUCUGCCAACUCACACGUGUGCAGCGUAUCACAAGUAACCCUGAUGUGCGCUGGUGUCUUCCUCGUCUCCUAAUUUUUUUAAAUUAAUUUUUUUGCCAUGCAGCUCACACUCCCAGACCCCCUCACUCCAACUUUUGCUUGCUGAUUUGUAAAGUGGAUGUUAAGCAACAUUGUGUGCUGGAGUUUGUGUGAUCAACAACCAUUUCGUUGUUGUCGGUUUCAUUUGUUUUUUAUUUGAUUUUUUUAUUAAUGAUGCCCAAUGGAUCAUCUAUUUGUAUUGACUGGACAAUGUAAUAAUCUAUUGGUGUUGAUGAAAUGCCCUGGUAGCUUGUGGAUUGCUAAAGUGGUCAGAUAAAUGUACUGUAUAGCUGUACAAAGAGUGAUAAAAGAUGUUUUGAAGUGUUCUUUUUCUGUGGGUACGGCACUGUUUAAAAAAAAAAAAAAUCAAAGUGGUUUAAGCCCUUGCCUGUUUUAACUUAUCAUUUGGUGGUGGUCUGUAAUGCUAUUGUUAUUUAUAUGAUUUCAUGGUUGCCUCUCCUGCACUAAUAAGACUGUAGCUCGGUGCAUGGGGGGUGUACUGUACACCUGUGUGAAACUUUGUAUCCCCCUCCCUCCAGUUUUGGACUCAGUGAAAGUGUGAUGUUUACAUGUACAGUUUUUCAGAAUAUGUUUCUUUUACACUAAAUGUUCAAGAGGUUUUUCUCACUCACCUGUUCCCCUUAUUUGCAUACACACAACCUGACGGUCUUCUUUUUUCUGCUCGAAGUGCAACUCACCUGGUCAAAGGUUGCCAUGACACAUGGUUGUGGGUACCUGGGCGAAUAGAGUUGGUGAAAGAGAACAUCACAGGUGUAUCAAAGAUAAUUACAACUUAAAUCAAAUACUCGUGUGGCCUGUAGGAGGUGAGUAGGUACAUUUUUAAAACACAAGUGCUCGGAAAACUUCUCUUAAACCCAUCUGGUAUCUUGAACGGUACACAUCCUUGGUAACAUAUAAGCCAUUCCCCUCUCCUGGCCUUUACGGGGAACCCAUAAACCUCAGGAAAUACUCAAUCUCCAAGUGGAGUUUGUAUCCACUGAUUUCCUCUGCAAUGAGACUGAAAUCGCUAACACAAAAAACCAUGACCAUUUAUAUAGAGAUGUCUAUUGUUUUGUACAUUUAUCAUUGUGAUUUGGCAGUGGAUCUUUUUCCAGUACAUGUGACUUAAUAUUUUGAUUAUGUUGGAGUGUUUAUAGAUAUAGAUAUUUAUUAUUAUAUGUGGAAAUACAAAAAAAAAAAAAAAAGGUUGAAGCUGUUUCAUUUGUAUGUUUCAUGCAAAACUGUCCAGGUGAAACUCGUACAUAUCACUAAGGGGGACCUGUGUUUGUGUGGAAAAUAGCGCUUGUUCAGUGUUGCAUCAACGCUAUGGGGGAAAAAUACAUCAAUGGUUUACCAACACAGUUGAAAGACUCUCCUCUUCUCCUGAGAUGUCAGUAAUUGAAUAAAAUAGUGCGAUGAGCUAUCAAAGUGCAACCUUGCUUCCAUUUUUAUUCACAUCUUUUAUUCACAUUUUUAGAAAGCUUAUAGGACCGGGGGCCGUGGUAUUCCUUUUACUUCUGUAACCCUGAUAUUUUCUAUCUUACCAGUCUAGGAGGUUGACUAUUUUUGUUGUCUUCCUUGCUGAAAACACCACAACAACAGUACAGGCUUGACUCACGUUAGUCACGCUUAGCAACACUCGAGAUGUGACAUUCACCAACCAGUUGAUUCUUUUGAACGGCUCUUUUAAGUGAACUAUAAUAUCUGAUUCGCAGUUGCAGGUAAAUUGUUUGCGAAUCAUUUUAUAUCCAUAUUGCCCAGGCAUGUGCGAGCCACCUGACUUUACAGAAAAAUGAGUCAAAGUCAAAAGAACCGUAGCAGCAUGGAUUCCCUUUUCUGAGUAAUUUUUUUAAUGUGGAGAGGUGCGUGGGGAGAGAGUCCGGGCUUCUCUGCUUAGGCUGCUGCCCCCGCGACCCAACCUCGGAUAAGCGGAAAAUGAUGGAUGGAUGGAUGGAUGUUCUUCUGUGGAUUUGUAAAUUAGUUCAGGUAGGGUGGUACAAUUUUGCAUUCACAUUUUAAUCUUGUCUUAUUUUUUAUUGUAGUUGUUGUUAUUUUAUAAAUACUAAUAAGCAUACAUUUUAUGUAUUAUUUGUAUAUAUAUAUUUAGGGCUGCAACAAAUAAUCGAUUAGAAAAAGCU